AUGCAUAGAACUUACUCUUUAAGAAAUCAAAGAGCCCCUACCGCUGCUGAGCUACAAGCUCCUCCUCCACCACCAUCCUCAACGAAAUCCAAAUUCUUUGGAAAGGCCUCUAUUGCGUCUAGUUUUAGAAAAAAUGCGGCUGGUAACUUUGGACCUGAAUUAGCGCGUAAGCUAUCUCAAUUGGUAAAGACUGAAAAAGGUGUCCUAAGAGCUAUGGAAGUUGUUGCCAGCGAGCGUCGUGAAGCUGCUAAGCAAUUGUCUCUAUGGGGCGCUGACAAUGAUGAUGAUGUUUCCGACGUGACCGACAAGUUGGGUGUCUUAAUAUAUGAGUUAGGUGAAUUACAAGACCAAUUCAUCGAUAAAUAUGAUCAAUACAGAGUUACCUUAAAAUCAAUUAGAAACAUUGAAGCCUCUGUUCAACCUUCAAGAGAUCGUAAGGAAAAGAUCACUGACGAAAUUGCCCACUUAAAAUAUAAAGACCCUCAAUCAACAAAAAUCCCAGUUUUAGAGCAAGAAUUGGUUCGUGCCGAAGCCGAAUCUUUGGUUGCGGAAGCUCAGUUAUCGAACAUCACACGUGAAAAAUUGAAGGCUGCUUAUAGUUAUAUGUUUGAUUCAUUAAGAGAGCUUUCUGAAAAAUUCGCCUUGAUUGCUGGAUACGGAAAGGCUUUGUUAGAACUGCUAGAUGACUCUCCUGUUACUCCAGGUGAAGCCAGACCAGCCUAUGAUGGCUACGAAGCUUCUCGCCAAAUUAUCAUGGAUGCGGAAUCGGCUUUGGAAUCCUGGACUCUAGAUAUGGCUGCAGUUAAACCAACUCUUUCUUUCCAUCAAACGGUUGAUGACGUCUAUGAAGACGAAGAUGGCGAAGAAGAAGAAGAAGAAGAAGAAGAAGAACCUGAAAUCCAAAACGGUGAUGCUCCUGGUCAAGUGGUCGAAGAAGAAGAAGUUGAGUGGACUACUGAAGUUCCCGUAGACGACGAAACCCAUGAGGUCAAUCAUCAAAAUGGCCAAAACGGUCGUUCCUCCGGUUCUGAAAACAUCUGA